CCGCGGCGUCCCUCUGCUAGAGGAGGGGACCAAGCCAAUUCUCCUUUGCAGCAAAAAAAUUACAUGUAUAUAUUAUCAAGAUAAUAUAUACAUCUGAUUUUAUUUUUUACAAAAAGUUUAUUUUGCUCCAUUUUUGAAAAAAGAAGGAGCGUGGGUGGCAGGCGGUUUUUAUAAAUUAUCCUUAUUUUUGGUUAUUUGUCUCUGUCCUUCCCCACCCCCUGCUGAAGCGAAAAUAAGGGCAGGGACCGGGGCUCCUACCCAUCCGUUACCCCCCUUACCCGUUCCUUCCCCUCCCUUACGCUGAGCACAGUGCCCUGCACACAGUAGGCGCUCAAUAAAUGUUCGUGGAUGAUGAUGAUGAUGAUGAUGAAAAAAAUGCAGCAUCAACGGCAGCAGCAAGAGGACCACGCGAAUGAGGCAAACUAUGCAAGAGGCUCCAGACUCCCUAUUUCUGGUGAAGGACCAGCUUCUCAGCCGAACAGCUCCAAGCAGACUGUCCUGUCUUGGCAAGCUGCAAUCGAUGCUGCUAGACAGGCCAAGGCCGCCCAGACCAUGAGCACCUCCGCCCCCCCACCUGUAGGAUCUCUCUCCCAAAGAAAACGUCAGCAAUACGCCAAGAGCAAAAAACAGGGUAACUCAUCCAACAGCCGGCCUGCCCGCGCUCUUUUCUGUUUAUCUCUCAAUAACCCCAUCCGAAGAGCCUGCAUUAGUAUAGUGGAAUGGAAACCAUUUGACAUAUUUAUAUUAUUGGCUAUUUUUGCCAAUUGUGUGGCCUUAGCUAUUUACAUCCCAUUCCCUGAAGAUGAUUCUAAUUCAACAAAUCAUAACUUGGAAAAAGUAGAAUAUGCCUUCCUGAUUAUUUUUACAGUGGAGACAUUUCUGAAGAUUAUAGCGUAUGGAUUGUUGCUGCACCCUAACGCUUACGUUAGGAAUGGAUGGAAUUUACUGGAUUUUGUUAUAGUAAUAGUAGGAUUGUUUAGUGUCAUUUUGGAACAAUUAACCAAAGAAACAGAAGGCGGGAACCACUCUAGUGGCAAAUCAGGAGGCUUUGAUGUCAAAGCCCUCCGUGCCUUCCGAGUGUUAAGACCACUUCGACUUGUAUCAGGAGUACCCAGUUUACAAGUUGUUCUGAACUCCAUUAUAAAAGCCAUGGUCCCCCUCCUUCACAUAGCCCUUUUGGUAUUAUUUGUAAUUAUCAUCUAUGCUAUUAUAGGAUUGGAACUUUUUAUUGGAAAAAUGCACAAAACAUGUUUUUUUGCUGACUCAGAUAUCGUAGCUGAAGAGGACCCAGCUCCAUGUGCGUUCUCAGGGAAUGGACGCCAGUGUACCGCCAAUGGCACGGAAUGUAGGAGUGGCUGGGUUGGCCCCAAUGGAGGCAUCACUAAUUUUGAUAACUUUGCCUUUGCCAUGCUCACUGUGUUCCAGUGUAUCACCAUGGAGGGCUGGACAGAUGUGCUCUACUGGGUAAAUGAUGCGAUAGGAUGGGAAUGGCCUUGGGUGUAUUUUGUUAGUCUGAUCAUCCUUGGCUCAUUCUUCGUCCUUAACCUGGUUCUUGGUGUCCUUAGUGGAGAAUUCUCAAAGGAAAGAGAGAAGGCUAAAGCACGCGGAGACUUCCAGAAGCUUCGGGAGAAGCAGCAGUUGGAAGAGGAUCUCAAGGGCUACUUGGAUUGGAUCACCCAAGCAGAAGACAUAGAUCCUGAGAAUGAAGAGGAGGGUGGAGAAGAAGGCAAACGAAGCACUAGCAUGCCCACCAGUGAGACUGAAUCUGUGAACACGGAGAACGUAAGUGGUGAAGGCGAGACCCAGGGAUGCUGUGGAAGUCUCUGGUGCUGGUGGAAAAGAAGAGGCGCGGCCAAGACUGGGCCCUCUGGGUGUCGGCGGUGGGGUCAAGCCAUCUCGAAAUCCAAACUCAGCCGACGCUGGCGUCGCUGGAACCGAUUCAAUCGCAGGAGAUGCAGGGCUGCCGUGAAAUCUGUCACGUUUUACUGGCUGGUUAUCGUCCUGGUGUUUCUCAACACUUUGACUAUUUCCUCCGAGCAUUACAAUCAGCCAGACUGGCUGACACAGAUUCAAGAUAUUGCCAACAAAGUCCUCUUGGCUCUGUUCACCUGUGAGAUGCUGGUGAAGAUGUACAGCCUGGGCCUCCAGGCUUACUUUGUCUCCCUCUUCAACCGGUUCGACUGCUUUGUGGUGUGUGGGGGGAUCACCGAGACCAUCCUGGUGGAGCUGGAGCUCAUGUCUCCUCUGGGGGUCUCCGUGUUCCGGUGCGUGCGCCUCCUGAGAAUCUUCAAAGUGACCAGACACUGGACUUCCCUGAGCAACUUGGUGGCGUCCUUGUUGAACUCCAUGAAGUCCAUUGCUUCGCUGCUCCUGCUGCUCUUCCUCUUCAUCAUCAUCUUCUCCCUGCUGGGCAUGCAGCUGUUUGGUGGCAAGUUUAAUUUCGACGAGACCCAGACCAAGCGAAGCACCUUUGACAACUUUCCCCAGGCACUCCUGACUGUGUUCCAGAUCCUGACAGGCGAAGACUGGAAUGCGGUGAUGUAUGAUGGCAUCAUGGCCUAUGGAGGCCCAUCCUCUUCCGGAAUGAUUGUCUGCAUCUACUUCAUCAUCCUUUUCAUCUGUGGCAACUAUAUCCUGCUGAACGUGUUCUUGGCCAUUGCUGUAGACAAUUUGGCUGACGCUGAAAGUUUGAACACUGCUCAGAAAGAGGAAGCUGAAGAAAAAGAAAGGAAAAAAAUUGCCAGAAAAGAAAGCCUUGAAAACAAAAAGAACAACAAACCAGAAGUCAACCAGAUAGCCAACAGUGACAACAAGGUUACAAUUGAUGAUUAUCAGGAGGAGACUGAAGAUAAGGACCCUUACCCACCCUGUGAUGUGCCAGUAGGUGAAGAGGAAGAGGAGGAAGAGGAGGAUGAGCCUGAGGUUCCUGCUGGUCCUCGUCCUCGCAGAAUCUCAGAGUUGAACAUGAAGGAGAAGAUUGCACCCAUCCCCGAAGGAAGUGCUUUCUUCAUUCUUAGCAAGACCAACCCGAUCCGUGUGGGCUGCCACAAGCUCAUUAACCACCACAUCUUCACCAACCUUAUCCUGGUCUUCAUCAUGCUGAGCAGCGCCGCCCUUGCUGCCGAGGAUCCCAUCCGCAGCCACUCAUUCCGGAAUACAAUACUGGGUUACUUUGACUAUGCUUUUACAGCCAUCUUUACGGUUGAAAUCCUGUUAAAGAUGACAACUUUUGGAGCUUUCUUACAUAAAGGGGCUUUCUGCAGGAACUACUUCAAUCUGCUGGACAUGCUGGUUGUUGGAGUGUCACUGGUGUCAUUUGGGAUUCAAUCCAGCGCCAUCUCCGUUGUGAAGAUUCUCAGGGUCCUGAGGGUCUUGAGGCCCCUCAGAGCAAUCAACAGAGCGAAAGGACUUAAGCACGUUGUCCAGUGUGUCUUUGUGGCCAUCAGGACCAUCGGUAACAUCAUGAUUGUCACCACCUUGCUCCAAUUCAUGUUUGCAUGCAUUGGGGUCCAGCUGUUCAAGGGGAAAUUCUACCGCUGCACAGACGAGGCCAAAAGUAACCCGGAAGAAUGCAGGGGGCUUUUCAUUCUUUAUAAGGAUGGGGAUGUCGACAGUCCCGUGGUCCGUGAGAGGAUCUGGCAGAACAGUGAUUUCAAUUUUGAUAAUGUCCUUUCGGCCAUGAUGGCACUCUUCACAGUCUCGACUUUCGAGGGCUGGCCUGCGUUGCUGUAUAAAGCUAUCGAUUCAAACGGAGAGAAUGUUGGUCCCGUCUACAACUACCGUGUGGAGAUCUCCAUCUUCUUCAUCAUCUACAUCAUCAUUGUUGCCUUCUUCAUGAUGAACAUCUUUGUGGGCUUUGUCAUCGUCACCUUCCAGGAGCAGGGAGAGAAGGAGUAUAAGAACUGUGAGCUCGACAAAAAUCAGCGUCAGUGUGUUGAAUAUGCCUUGAAAGCGCGCCCUUUAAGGAGAUACAUCCCCAAAAACCCCUACCAGUACAAGUUCUGGUAUGUGGUGAACUCCUCGCCGUUCGAAUACAUGAUGUUCGUCCUCAUUAUGCUCAACACGCUCUGCCUGGCCAUGCAGCACUACGAGCAGUCCAAGAUGUUCAACGAUGCCAUGGACAUUCUGAACAUGGUCUUCACGGGGGUGUUCACUGUUGAGAUGGUUUUGAAAGUCAUCGCAUUUAAGCCCAAGCACUAUUUCACUGAUGCAUGGAACACUUUUGAUGCCUUAAUUGUUGUUGGUAGCGUCGUUGAUAUUGCUAUAACUGAAGUGAAUCCAACUGAAAGUGACAGUGUCCCUCUCCCAACUGCUACACCUGGGAACUCUGAAGAGAGCAAUAGAAUCUCCAUCACCUUUUUCCGUCUUUUCCGAGUGAUGCGCCUGGUGAAGCUUCUCAGCAGGGGGGAAGGCAUCCGGACACUGCUGUGGACUUUCAUUAAGUCCUUUCAGGCGCUCCCGUAUGUCGCCCUGCUCAUUGCCAUGCUCUUCUUCAUCUACGCCGUCAUCGGCAUGCAGAUGUUUGGGAAAGUUGCCAUGAGAGAUAAUAACCAGAUCAAUCGGAACAACAACUUCCAGACUUUUCCCCAGGCGGUGCUGCUGCUCUUCAGGUGUGCCACAGGGGAAGCCUGGCAGGAGAUCAUGCUUGCCUGCCUCCCAGGGAAACUGUGUGACCCGGACUCAGAUUACAACCCCGGAGAGGAAUACACUUGCGGGAGCAACUUCGCCAUCGUCUAUUUCAUCAGCUUUUACAUGCUCUGCGCCUUCCUGAUCAUCAACCUCUUCGUGGCUGUUAUCAUGGACAAUUUUGACUAUCUGACCCGGGACUGGUCUAUUCUGGGGCCUCACCACUUGGAUGAAUUUAAAAGAAUCUGGUCAGAAUAUGACCCUGAAGCAAAGGGAAGGAUAAAGCACCUUGAUGUGGUCACUCUGCUUCGACGAAUCCAGCCUCCUCUGGGCUUUGGGAAGUUGUGUCCACACCGAGUAGCAUGUAAGAGAUUGGUCGCCAUGAACAUGCCUCUCAACAGUGAUGGGACGGUCAUGUUCAAUGCAACCCUGUUUGCUUUGGUCCGGACGGCUCUAAAGAUCAAGACUGAAGGGAACUUGGAGCAAGCUAAUGAAGAACUCCGAGCUGUGAUAAAGAAAAUCUGGAAGAAGACAAGCAUGAAGCUACUUGACCAAGUUGUCCCGCCAGCUGGGGAUGAUGAGGUAACCGUGGGGAAGUUCUAUGCCACUUUCCUGAUACAGGACUACUUUAGGAAAUUCAAGAAACGGAAAGAACAAGGCCUGGUGGGGAAGUACCCCGCGAAGAACACCACGAUUGCCCUGCAGGCGGGAUUAAGGACUCUGCAUGACAUUGGGCCAGAAAUCCGACGUGCUAUAUCCUGUGACUUGCAAGAUGAUGAGCCGGAAGAAUCAAAAGCAGACGAAGAAGAUGUAUUCAAAAGAAAUGGUGCCCUGCUUGGAAACCAUGUCAAUCAUGUUAAUAGUGAUAGGAGAGAUUCCCUUCAGCAGACCAAUACCACCCACCGUCCCCUGCAUGUCCAAAGGCCUUCAAUUCCACCUGCAAGUGAUACUGAGAAACCGCUGUUUCCUCCAGCAGGAAAUUCGGUGUGUCAUAACCAUCAUAACCAUAAUUCCAUAGGGAAGCACGUUCCCACCUCAACCAAUGCCAAUCUCAAUAAUGCCAAUAUGUCCAAAGCUGCCCACGGAAAGCGGCCCAGCGUUGGGACCCUUGAGCAUGCGUCUGAAAAUGGGCAUUACUCCUACAAGCAUGAUCGAGAGCUCCAAAGAAGGUCCAGUAUUAAAAGAACCCGCUAUUAUGAAACUUACAUUAGGUCUGAGUCAGGCGAUGAACAACUUCCAACUAUUUGCCGAGAAGACCCCGAGACCCAGGGCUACUUUAGAGACUCCCACUGCUUGGGGGAACAGGAAUAUUUCAGUAGCGAGGAGUGCUGUGAAGACGACAGCUCUCCCACCUGGAGCAGGCAAAACUACAGCUAUUACAACAGAUACCCAGGCAGCUCCAUGGACUUUGAGAGGCCCCGAGGCUACCAUCACCCCCAGAGUUUCUUAGAAGAUGAUGAUUCACCCAUUGGCUAUGACUCGCGGAGAUCUCCGAGGAGACGCCUUCUACCUCCCACCCCACCAUCCCAUCGGAGGUCCUCCUUCAACUUUGAGUGUCUGCGCAGGCAAAGCAGCCAAGAAGACAUCCUUCUAUCGCCUGCCCUGCCUCACCGUGCUGCCCUGCCCCUGCACCUGAUGCAGCAGCAGAUCAUGGCCGUAGCAGGCCUCGAUUCCAGUAAAGCCCAGAAGUACUCCCCGAGUCACUCCACCCGGUCAUGGGCCACCCCUCCAGCCACCCCUCCAUACCGGGACUGGACCCCAUGCUACACUCCCCUGAUCCAGGUGGACCGCUCGGAAUCUCUGGACCAGGUCAAUGGCAGCCUGCCAUCCCUCCACCGCAGUUCCUGGUACACAGAUGAGCCUGACAUCUCCUAUAGGACUUUCACACCAGCCAGCCUGACUGUUCCCAGCAGCUUCCGGAACAAACACACUGACAAGCAAAGGAGCGCAGACAGCCUGGUAGAAGCAGUCCUGAUAUCCGAAGGCUUAGGGCGCUAUGCAAGGGACCCAAAGUUUGUCUCAGCAACGAAACAUGAGAUUGCCGAUGCCUGCGACCUCACCAUAGACGAGAUGGAGAGCGCGGCAAGCACUCUGCUCAAUGGCAGUGUGUGUCCUCGAGCCAAUGGGGACAUGGGCCCCAUCGCACACUGCCAGGACUAUGAACUCCAGGACUUCGGUCCUGGCUACAGCGAUGAGGAGCCCGACCCUGGGCGAGAGGAGGAGGACCUGGCGGGCGAAAUGAUCUGCAUCACCACCUUGUAGCCCAGUGAGGGAGGCUGGCGUCAGCCUGGGACGGGCACGGAAGGGCCAGGGAUAAAGUGCCUCAUAGUUAGGAACGUCUAGGCACUAGUUGGGAGGAAAAUGCUCAAUUAGAAUUUUGUACAAGUGAUACCAUGCCCCCAAGGAAGCCAUAACCUGGUAGAAACAGGUUCUGAGUGGCCGAGCGUGUGGUAUGCCGCAUACUCAGGCCCAGCCUCAGAAAACGGUAUGUCUGGCCCCUCGAGAGGAUGGGUGAGGAGGGCAGCCUGGCCUGCACAGAGGCCAGAAGGGCCGCACAGGGAUUCAAGUCUCACAUCCGGGGCACAUGCCCAUGCCCAUUUACCUGGAGGCAGGCACGACAGAGGUUCAAGGUGACGGUGGUCACCGCAUCUUGUCAUUACCUCAGUCCAGCAUAUCAGACGCUCACUGGGCCCAGCAUAUCCAUUCCUGAGCCCCUCCCCCCCAACACACUGCUUCCUGAUUCCUGUGCAGCUGUCCUGAACAGUACACAUCAGACCGAGGGGAGAGGGAGUGGACAGACACGGUUUUGUUAUGUGGCGCCAGUUUACAUAUGAGAACGUCACUCAGGUGGUCAGUUCUGUCACACGAAGGGCAACUGUAAACUGGAGGAGUAGCACUUGCUAACCAGGUAAACUUAGAUACGCUAGUUUGUUUAAAAAUGAUAGAUCCCUGUACAUGACUUGUAAUAUACAAUUUGUAUUUGUAAAGAGAUGGUCUAUAUUUUGUAAUUAUCGUACCGUAUUUGAACUGCAGCAAUAUCCAUGGGUCCUAACAAUUGUAGUUUCCCACCAAAAUCUAGAAAUUAUUAGUAUUUUUACUUGGGCUAAACAGAAUUAGGAGAAUUAGAGCCAAUUCUCACGUAUUUAGUAAAAGAAUCUUUUGGGGAUAAACUUUUGAGUUUCAAAAGAACUUGACACUUCAGAAAUUUUUCUAGAAUAUUUUGAGUCACUAUAAACCUAUCUUUACAUAAGAUAUCAAGAUGACUAUUUGCUCUUUUCUUUGGGUUCUGUGAGUUUAUACCGUACCUCUUAUCUUUGGUUUGGUUUCACUUUAUAAUCCCCUGGUCAGCUGGUUAUAUAGCAGGUCCAGCUGGCUACUCGGCCCAGGGGCAUCCACUGGUCCGGCUUCCUGAGCUGCCCAUGCAGGAUGCUUCUGGUCUCUGAUGCUGAAGUAACCUUGCAGGCGAACUGCAGGCAUCGGCUCACAUCCCCAAGAAUGAACUGGCAUGGGGGAAGAGGGGAGCACUGUGAGGACCGGGAAUGUUAGGGUCGCCUUUCACAGCUGCUGUGUACUGUGUUCUCUUUGAAAGCAGUUAGACGCAACUGAACGAGGGCUGGAAUCUUCAUGAGAACACACGCACGACUGUAUGCCCAGGCACGGUCAGCUUUGGGAUCGGUCAGACUGUCCAAGCUUCCCAUUCGGUCAACAGUCACAUGAUACCAUUCUAUUUUUUUUUUUCUGAUAAGGAUUCUCUGCACUCAAAAAUACAGGUAGCAAUUUGGGUUCAAAAUUUUUAUCUAGUACACAGACAGCCCGUGGAAAAACAAAAGUUUUUUGGGUUUGUUUUUUCUGUUUGUUUGUUUGUUUGUUUGGGGUGUUUUUUUUGUAACUAACACUUUUGUUACAAAGACCUCACAAACCUCUUCCUAGGACAUUCUUACUCCAGAUGCAGGCAAAAACACUUCAAGGUUUGUAAAUGACGAUUUCCUGACAUAAAGCCUUUUUUUUAUUAAAAAACAAAACAUU